AUGUCUUCAAGUGGUUAUUCUUCUCACGCGCUUGUAGUGCUGAUCCUGGCGACGUCCGAGACCUUGGGAGGCGUGGUGAACGGCACAUUCCCGGUGGUCCCCACAGAAAGAAAGCAUGCUGAGGAGAAAGAAUGCUGCAAGGGUCACCAGAAGCCCACCAAGGAAGAAGUCGAGUGGGGAAGAGAACUCGUCAAGAACGUCUACAUCGCGAGCGAAACCGUAAAAAUACUUCCCAGGACUGCGUUCUACAGCGACCAAGAAGUCUGCUACAACGGCCUGGGCUGCUUCUCGCAGAGGGACAACUUUUCGCACUUCAUCUCGCUCCCUUCUAGCCCCAGGGAGGUGGACACCAAGUUCAUGCUCUAUUCCCGCAAGAACAGACAAGUCCCCGUGCUCCUCGACUACCUGCGCUACGAAUCCUUGGGCGUCGAUCAGUUCCAACGGCAGAAGAGCCUUGUCUUCAUCGUGCACGGGUUUGGUGAAAGUGGUAACGCUACUUGGAUACUGGAGAUGAAGGACGCCUUUCUUGAAAUGGAGGACGUGAACGUGGUGGCCGUAGACUGGAACAAGGGCUGCCCUAUGCCCCUGUACAUGACCGCCGCCGCCAACACGGCGCUGGUGGGCAGGCAGAUCGCGCGCCUCGUGGAGGUAUUGGCCCACCGGCACCCGGACACCGUGGUUCCGGACAAGGUGCACCUGGUGGGCUUCAGUCUCGGAGCCCAAGUUGCGGGCUUCGCGGGAAGGAGCUUCUCCAGGACGAUCGGGAAGAAGAUCGGACGGAUCACUGGUCUGGAUGCUGCUGGUCCUCUGUUUGAGUCCUACGGGUUCCACGUGAGCAGGCACGAUGCGCAGUUCGUGGACGGCAUCCACACGAGCGCGGGCACGAACCUGCUCAAGGGUUGUCUGGGGAUGGUGAAGCCCUACGGCAACGCCAACUUCUACCCCAACGGAGGCAAAUCCCAGCCUGGCUGUUGGUGGUUCGACUUGGCGUGCCACCAUCGCCGUGCCGUGGAGUACUUUAUGGAGUCUAUCCAGUCUGCCAGAAGCUGCCAGUUCAAGGCCCUCAAAUGUCCCGGCGGUCAGAAGGCGUUUCUCGGGGGACGCUGCGGCAGGAGUGGCUACAACUGGGGGGAGAUGGGCUACCACAGCAUAGACGCCAAGGGAAGGGGAGAGCAGUACUUGUGGACCAACAAAGACUGCCCGUUCUGCAGGAUGUAGAAAAACGCGGGUCAUUGUGCAAAGCCCAAGACCGGCGCCACCCGUCAUUUCAGUAAUCGUUUUGUAUAUAUACAUCGUCAUCAUUAUGUCUCCUUGUAUUCUCAGUCAGUGACAAAAAAAAAAGAGAAAAGGAGCUUUUGCGUUGAGGUUUACUGCGACGGAAACAAUGGGUCUGACAUCUUGUAAUUUUUGUUCAUUUUAAGCUACAUCAUCCCUUACUGGUUUGUUGGAGACGACGAACAGAUCGUAGUUUUCCUUAUUCUUUCUCUCAACCUAGCGUUUAUUAUAUGCCCUACUGAGUAGGAAUCAAGCUUUAACAAUUCGUAACUCAAACGUAGCUCGCAUUUUUUUUCCCAGCAAUUGCGCAUUCACUGCCACAAGAUAGUUCUAUGAAUAAAAUUGUUUGAGCGUGCUUUCUUCA